UACAGUUGAAGGUAUAGAGCACCAGAAGUAUUGCUUAGAUCUACCGAAUACUCUGCCCCUGUAGAUCUUUGGGCUGUAGGAGCUAUUUUUGCUGAAUUGAUUACCCUAGAACCGCUGUUUCCUGGUGAAUCAGAGGUGGAUCAAAUUUACCGCAUUUGUGACAUCUUGGGAAGUCCGGGGAACAAAUUGACCAUUGGUAAAAAGAUUCACAGAAUGGUACGACCCGAAAAAAGACCCAGUCCAGGAUUCGCACGAAAAAAGACAGCGGCAGAGAUCGAACAGGCAGUUCACUCAACCUUAUCCUUUUUGGAUGGUGGUGGGGAAUGGAAGGAAGGCGUCAAGUUAGCUUAUAAAAUAGGUUUCAAAUUCCCAAAUGUAAAAUCAUCCUUUACAAACACACACACACCACAUAUGCAAUACAUGCUUAUUGAUUCAUGUUCUUAGUGUAUACCAAAACCAUUGGAAACGAUCAUACCAGGUGCAACCGAAUCCAUGCUUGACCUCUUACGGCACUUUCUUCUCUUCAACCCUACCUAUCGCUGGUCUGCAGAUACAGCCCUAAAGCACGCAUUCUUUUCAGAAACAGACGAACCUGUGCAUAAUGUCAUUCCUCUCGAUAUCGAGCCGAUCACUCCACCAGACAAACAUGAAUCCAUCCCGAUCGACAGGGGACUCUAUUCGAGCAAAUCACAUAAAUCCAUCAUCACUCCCCUUGACUUGCUCCCUAUACCCACAUCACCACACCAGAUUUGUCCUGACUGGGAUCGGCCGAUGUCCCGGCUGCUUAGUCGGCCCAGCACCAGAACAACCCACAUUGACUUAUUUCUGCACGACGUCGAACCACCGUCACCGUCACCCACAGAGAACGCGUGGCUCACUCAAAGACCGAUUUAUAGCUCUCGUGAAAAGGUGCAUCCGGUAACAGACUGUCCAAAUACACCCAUCUGGAGUAAGUACCACUAUGCUUCUCAUCAACAGCAGCGACUGGCUACACCGGUUGAGCCCAAGCGACUUUCAAACCCAUCAUUGGAAGAGGAAAUCCAUCAAAAACGAGUCCAGCAUAACCAUUACCAUCACUAUCAUCAUAUUCACGAUAAUACCGUUCACACAUUAUCCGUAGGCAGUAAUAGUAAUAAGGCCGCAUCUACUUUUAGUCUCGAUCGUAUACCACAAUAUGGACACCAACUCAUCAAAUGGACACCUCCUAUUCACUUUGCAGUUGAACCAGAGGUAAAGCGCCCUGUAAGUAGAAGAUCUAGGUCACCUGUACAAUUCUCCGUGAAAAACCAAAGGCACACUGUAAAUAAUCACCAUCAUCCACAGCAAAAGAAUUCAAAACCACAUCGAUUUAACAUGUGGAUGCCCUCAGAUGAUGACAACGAUGACGACGUGGGACAAACAGAGACACAGGAAGAUAUGGACAUGGUUUUUCUUCCGUUGCAAUAAUAAACAAGUGUCUUUACAAAAAGUUUCCCUAUAAAGCAUACAACGGA